UCGGGCUUGUUAAACUAGACGGAUUAAAUAUAAUAGCGAAAAUGUGGUGGAUAAGUGUUUUUGUGUUUCUUUUUCUAAUGGCUUUGAUAUUUAGAUCUAUUGAAUGGUUUUUGCAAAAAAUUCCAUCAGAAAUAGAAACAAAAAAUGUAAAAGAUUUACCAGUAAAACAAUCAAAAGAAGCGGGCGCCCCAAACCAAGGGACACUUAUAAAGCGCAAAAGAGUAAUGGAGUCAGAGAAUUCACCCAAAAGAAAAUCUGCCAUAUCAGAGACUUCCGAAAUUACAGAUUCAUACGGGAAAUCAAUAUCUGUGACGAAAACAGAAUCGAGCCAAAUAUCAAGAGUGAUGGAGUCAGAGAAUUCAGCAAAAAGAAAAUCUGCCAUAUCAGAGACUUCCGAAAUUACAGAUAGGCAGUCAUACGGGAAAUCAAUGUCUGUGACGAAAACAGAAUCGAGCCAAAUAUCAAGCGACUAUUUUUCCGAAGAAACUGAAAUAUGUAAAGAUAAAAAAGGUGUUGUUUUUGAAAGUAUUCAAGAUGCGAAAACUUGUCAUGACGAAUCUAAUAGCUCGAGAGAAGAUCUUGAAUUUGACGGUGUCGAGAAAAGAGAGAAUGGCAACUUUGGGGAGUGA